AUGAAAAUUUUCAGCUACAUCACAGGCUGGCUUACGGUAAUUGGCUGGCAGGCCACUUACGCGACCGUCUGCUACAUGGGUGGGAACUAUAUUGAGACCCUGGUGACCCUCACCAAUCCCUCAUACCAGCCUAAAAUAUGGCGACAGGUGCUGAUCAGUUAUGCGAUUGCACUUUUCGGGUUCAUCAUCAACAUUGCUGGAGGAAAGGUAAUGCCGCGGUUUGAAGGCGCAAUUCUAAUCCUCCAUAUUCUUGGCUUCUUUGCCAUUCUGAUUCCUAUGGUCUACAUGGCCAAUCACAAUACAGCCGAGCAGGUCUUUACCCAAUUCCUGAACGAGGGCCAAUGGCCCUCUCAGGGCCUUUCUUUCUUUGUUGGCCUGAUUGGACCCGUAUUUGCUUUUGCAGGGGGUGAUGCUGCACUAUCCGAAGAAAUCACCCAUGCCACAGUUGCGGUGCCCUUGUCGUUGAUGCUAACGGUGCUAAUCAAUGGUACCCUCGGCUUUAGCAUGCUAAUCGCCUUGCUCUUUUGCGUCGAGGAUAUCAAAGGGGCUCUCGAGGCACGAGUCCCCUUCCUGACUAUAUUCCACCAGGCAACGGGGUCCGUCGCGGGCACCGCUGCUGCAGGUUCCAUUAUUGUUGUAAUGGGCAGUUGUUCAUCAGCCGGCAUGCUGGCCUCGACGUCACGACAAUUCUGGUCCUUUGCGCGUGACCGGGGCAUCCCUGGAUGGCGGCUGUGGACAAAGGUCACCACUCAUACCGCAAUUCCAGCAUACGCUGUCACCAUAACCACCAUCAUUGCCUGUCUGCUGAGUCUUAUUGGUAUUGGCUCUGACCUAGCCUUCAAUGACUUAAUGUCCUUGUCCACCUCGGGUUUGUUUUCAUCAUACCUGGUCGUGGCCGGACUUUUGCUCUGGCGACGCUGCACGGGUGGAAUCAGUGGGUCUAAGAGUAAGCAUACCUUGAUCAAUACAGCAGGAGCCCAGCUUGUCUGGGGUCCCUUUCAUGUUCCGGGGGUUUGGGGUAUUCUUAUUAAUGCUUUUGCUGUGGCCUUUAUGACUAUUGCAGUCUUCUUCAGUUUCUGGCCACCGAUGAAUAAUGUAUCGGCUGAGUCAAUGAACUAUAGUGUAGUGGGAAUGGGGGGCGUCAUUCUGUUGAGUUUGUUAUAUUAUCUUGUCCGUGCUAGGAAGGUAUACAAGGGACCUGUGGUGGAACUUCAAGUUGGUUAUCGUGCCUAG